AUGGCUACCUGGUUUAAAAGAACAGUAGAACUUCUGACCAUGGAAGAUCAUCUAGCUUCAGACAAAUCCCUGACUAAUCUCACAGAAGAUUUCUUUGACACAGUGCUGAUUAUUUCCAGGAGGAGUAGUAAAGGAAAAAUUCAGCUGUUGGAUUCCUUCAUGUUUACCUUAGGAUUUCUGGUGACAGAAAAGACAGUAAAUCAUUUGAUUCAACAAGAGGCUUUGAUGACUUUGAACAGCAUUUUGCAGGCUGUACCUUGGGAAGAGAGAAAACUCUACUCAUCAGAAGACCGGUGUCAUCUCAUGAAAGAUUUUGCAAGAACAAUCUUGACUGUGGGUGAUUAUGGCCAGCAGGCUGCUCUUUCUGAAGCAUUGUGUAGACUGACAACUAAAAAGUCAAGGGAUGACCUUGUCCAUCAGUGGUUUGAGGAUGAUGUCAUUGCUGAAGCUUUCAAAAAAAUUAAGGAUCAAGAAUUUGAAACGGACAGUAGGCUGUUUCUCAAUUACCUAAACAACAGACUUGAUGACCAAAGAAGGGUCUAUACAUUUCCAUGUAUUGCCGCUUUUGCUGAUUGGCAUGAGAUGAGAAAACCAGCAGAUGAAAAAUUAGAGAAAUUUUGGAUUGAUUUCAACCUAGGAAGUCAGAGUGUAACUUUUUAUAUAGAUAGUACCGAGAAUGCUCUGUGGGACUCAGUAAGACUUUUGAAAGAAGCAGUGAUUAAUUUCAGCAUAAUAGAAACUGAAAAGAAAAAGAUGUUCAUCAUUUACUUGAAGCCUAUUAAUAUUGGAAACAAGGAAGUGAGGAAAGUAGAAAUUCAUUUUGAUUUGCAUUUCAACAUAUUACAAGCUUCCAUUAAGGCUUUAGGAGAAGACAAACAGAUAUUAUUUGACCAGAUAAAAAUCUCCUCACAACUUCUUGAUAAAUUUGAAAAGGAAGAAACUGAGAGUCCUAUCAACCACAAAGGAGAGACAGGCCAGGCAGAAGAAUCCACCAAGAUGACAGAGUUAACGCCUGCCGAAGUUGACUACUGCCUAAUAACUAUACCCUUAAGCGACCAGUCUGAGCUUUCUAAGUUCAAUUAUAGGAAACACCUCUUCUCGGAGAGUAAUCGAGAUUCAAGUUCUAGUGCUACUGUGCUAUCUUGGGCCAUUAACCAAGACAGGAAAUCCCUGAAACCAUAUCCUGGUGGGAAAAGGACAAGAACCAGAAGUAGCUUAAAAAUCUUGCCGCUUUUCCCCCCCAGUCCGGCCAGAGACAGUUAUAAAGACCAAGCUAUACAUUUAACACCAUUAUGGAAAGAUGCCUCCAGGCAAAAUGAUGCCAUACAUCCAAAAAUUUCUGAAACAAAAUUUCAGGGCAGUUCUGCACAUGUAACUCCUGAAACCUCUUCCCAGAAAACAGCACUUGCGAGCCCCCACCCCCUGAGCAGUAUCUCUUCACCGGAGCAUUCAGAAGUUGAACAGAAUACUGUAAAUGAAGACUCAUUGAUGAAAAGUGCUAACCUCAAACAUAAACUGGAAAACCUGGAAGACAGAGACACGUCAGAUGGUAGUUUUGCUAAGUGGAAACAGUCAAAAUUGGAAGAAGAUGAUGCUCCAGGAUCCUCUUCCUCCAUGACGGAAGAAGCACAGUUGGCAGAAAAUAUUUCUACUCCAUCCCUGGCCAUUGUGCCAGAGCACGUGAAUAGCUCUGCUGUCAUCACAACCUUUGAGAACUUUACUAGAGAACUGGAAAGAAAAUGUGAGCUUAGGUACAGAAGGAGUGCACUUUAUUCAGAAUAUGCAAAGCAAGCACCGAAUUGUCUAAUAAAACUUUUAAACCAGAUACAUCACUGUAGGCUGAAUAAACUAGAACAGUUUAACAGUUUUGUUCUUCGAGAGUUGACCAGCCUUGAGAAGGAUAUGCAGGCUCUGAAAUGCCUCGAGAAGGAUGUUCUGGAGUUUUGGGGGAAACAGGCUGUUGAUCUGAAAUCAUUCUGUGAUCGGCAAAUGCUGAGGCUUAAUGAAAUUCAGCCUUCCUGA